GCUCCUCACCCACAGCAUCCUCAGGAACAGCCUCAUCCUGCCUCCUCUGUAUCUGAUCAACCUCCUGCCGCGAUGUCCUGCCAGCAGAGCCAGCAGCAGUGCCAGCCUCCUUCCAAGUGCCCCCCAUCGCCCAAGUGCCCCCCGAAGAGCCCAGCACAGUGCUUGCCCCCAGCCUCCUCCAGCUGUGCUCCAGGCUCUGGGGGCAGCUGUGGCCCCAGCUCUGGGGGUGACUGCUGCCUGAGCCACCGCAGGCGCCACGGAUCCCAUGGAUGCCGGCGCCACAGCUCCAGCUCCUGUGAUGGUGGCAGUGCGCUGCAGUCCGGGGGCUCUGGGUGUGGCCAUGGCUCUGUGGGUGGUUGCUGACUUGGGAUCCUGAUGCUGAGACAAGUGCUCCUAGAGGGAAUGAGAAUCCAAAGUGCCUGGGAAAGCUCCUGGUGAUGCAGACUUUCCAACAUCCCCUAAUCUCCCUUUCCUGGCUGAGCACAUGAUCUGUUCAUGGAGAUGGAGAAGUGGUGAGCUCUCCCCAGAGGGUUCUGUAGAUGUCUUUUCCAGGAGCCCACAUGGUGCUUCAUAGCAUUAUCACCUCUGUCUGACAAGGUAGAAAAAUAAAGCUUCUUGUUACAUCAA